AUGUCUCAGUCCAUAUCGUUGCGAGGAUCGACACGAACAGUCACAGAGUUCUUUGAAUGCAGUAUCAAUUCCAUAUUGUACCAGCGAGGUGUGUAUUCACAAGAUGAUUUUACUACUGUGAAGAAGUAUGGUUUAACAUUACUCAAGACACAAGAUGAUGACCUAAAGGCAUACAUAAGGGUAAUACUGCUGCAGGUUCACAAAUGGCUCAUAGGUCAGAAAUGCAAUAAACUGGUUUUAUGCAUUGUUGAUAAAGACGAAUGUGAAGUUAUUGAAAAAUGGGCGUUUGAUGUGGUUCAUCUUAAGAAUGAGAAGUUUAUAGAAGAAGAUCACGAACCUUUGGAUCCCAGUGAGACUCAAAAUCAGAUAAGGGCACUGAUAAGACAGAUUACAGCCAGUGUAACAUUUUUGCCUGAAUUAACAAACGAAGGUAACUACACUUUUAAUGUGCUGGCUUACACUGAUGCUAACGCAAAGGUGCCAUUAGAGUGGAGUGAUUCCGACAGCAAAGAAGUUACUAAUGCAGAGACCGUUAAGUUCAAGACGUUUGCUACAAAUGAUCAUAAAGUUUCUGCCCAAGUGAGUUACAAACAUUAA